GAUUUACGAGCAACAGCCUCUGUUGGCUGUUGCACGUUUGGUAAUCGUACGUCCGUUUCUUGCAUCGGCCCAUCUGCCACCGGUGGCAACACAUGCCACCAGCGUCUCAUCACCUUGAACUAUGUGCUACGUACUAUACAGUUUCACCUUCGACACUCAGCUACAGAUUCACCAUGUUCGUAUAUCAGUUGCGUCGUUCGCUCGUCUCACCUCAGCGCUCAGCGUUGUCCCACAUCUCUAGCUCCGAUCACCAGCCACUUCUGGCAUCGGUCCUUCAGACUGGAGAGAUCCAUUGCCUGCCUCGCAUCACCUUCUCUUUCAAACCUGCGCGGUGCAGCUGGACCGUCAAUCGCAAACAGUUUCCUCUCAGACCUGCAUACGCGACUACAUUCAACGGAUGUCGAAGGCUCACAUGGCAGAAAGCUGUACUGACAACUAUACACUGCACUUUUGAGAGUGCGAUGUCGCUGAGACAUUCGGGCACUGUUUCCAAUAGAGAAUGAGGAGUCAAAGACGACGGCGAACCAGCAUACAAGCAUCUAUUAUUGUAACUGACGAUAGGAAACGUCUGAAGGUGAUCGGAACGCUUGUAUUCAAUAUUCAGCUGCUGCCUGAGCGCUGAAGCUAAGCGCCAAAUUGAUGUUCGAACGUUCCGAUAUAGCUAUCGGUACCAUGUACCCUGUACUCGUGGAAGAGAUUGGAUGACCUCCCAUUAUUGUGGUGGGGAUAUCAUGGUGAUUCGAAUUCCUAGAGUCGUGGUUCAAUGGCUGCGUUGCACGCACCAUGAUCA